AUGAAGUUCCUUAUAGACAACCUGCCGGUGCUCUUCCCGUACCCACGGGUCUACCCCGAGCAAUAUGCCUACAUGUGCGAUCUCAAACGCACCCUGGACCAGGGCGGGCACUGCGUUCUGGAGAUGCCUUCAGGCACGGGUAAAACUGUGUCUUUGCUGUCUCUCAUCAUUGCCUACCAGCAGUUCUACCCGGAGAAGCGAAAGCUGAUCUACUGCUCUCGAACCAUGUCCGAGAUCGAGAAGGCGCUGGCUGAGCUGAAAGCGCUGAUGAAGUACCGCACACAAGAGCUCGGUUACGAAGAGGAAUUUCGAGGGCUGGGACUUACAAGUCGAAAGAACCUCUGUCUGCAUCCGAGCGUCAAGCGCGAGAAGAGUGGUGGAGUCGUGGACGCCCGGUGUCGCAGCUUGACGGCUGGUUUCGUCAAAGAGAAGAAAGAGCGUGGCGAGGACGUCGAACUUUGUGUGUACCACGAAAACCUAGACCUUCUGGAGCCACACAACCUGAUACCACCUGGCGUCUUCACCUUCGAUGGCCUGCUCAAGUACGGCGAGCAGCAGAAGCAGUGUCCGUACUUUACCGCCCGCCGCAUGAUGCCUUACUGCAACGUCAUCAUAUACUCUUACCACUACCUGCUCGACCCGAAGAUUGCAGACCGAGUGUCGAAAGAGCUGUCGAAAGACUGCAUCGUUGUUUUUGACGAGGCCCACAACAUCGACAACGUAUGCAUCGAGUCGCUGAGCAUUGAUCUGACCGAGGACGUGCUGCGGAAAGCUACCAAGGGAGUCAAUAACCUGGAUCGAAAAAUCACAGAGAUGAAGACUACUGAUGCUGAGAAGCUGCAAAGCGAGUACGCAAAACUGGUAGAAGGUUUGCGCACCGCAGAAGAAGCACGUACAGAAGAUGCAUUCAUGGCAAACCCAGCUUUGCCCGACGAUCUCCUUACCGAAGCAGUUCCAGGAAACAUCCGACGUGCAGAGCAUUUUGUCGCCUUCCUGAAACGCUUUAUCGAGUACCUCAAGAUUCGAAUGCGUGUUGUACAGGUCAUCUCUGAGACUCCACCCUCAUUCCUCGAGUCACUCAAGAACGCCUCCUUCAUCGAACGCAAACCCCUGCGCUUCUGCGCCGAGCGUUUGACUUCGCUCGUACGCACACUCGAACUUACAAACAUCGAAGACUACCAACCGCUUCAAGACGUUGCAACAUUUGCUACUCUCAUCGCGACCUACGGGACUGGUUUCCUCCUCAUUAUUGAACCUUUCGAAUCCGCCACCGCUCAAGUGCCCAACCCUGUCUUACAUUUGACCUGUCUCGACGCCGCGAUCGCCAUCAAACCUGUGUUCGAGCGCUUCUACUCGGUCAUUGUGACCUCAGGAACCAUGUCACCCCUAGAUAUGUACCCACGGAUGCUCAACUUCAACACUGUCGUGCAGGAAUCCUUCACUAUGACACUUACCCGCAAGUCCUUCCUGCCUAUGAUCGUUGACCGCGGUUCGGAUCAGAACCAGAUCACAUCUGGAUUCGAGCAUCGUGGAGAUAUACAGGUGCAGCGCAACUUUGGCAACCUGCUCAUCGAGUUUUGCAAACUUACCCCAGACGGCGUCGUAGUCUUUUUCCCGUCUUACCUCUACAUGGAGCACAUCAUCUCCGCUUGGCAGGGCAUGGAGAUUCUCGACACAGUCUGGAAAUACAAGCUUAUCCUCGUCGAAACACCCGAUGCGCAAGAAACAGCACUCGCCCUCGAAACGUUCCGCACCGCAUGCAACAACGGCCGCGGUGCCGUUCUGCUUUGCGUUGCACGUGGCAAAGUCUCCGAGGGCAUUGAUUUCGACCACCAUUACGGGAGAACGGUGCUGUGCAUGGGCGUGCCCUUCCAAUAUACCGAAUCGCGUAUCCUCAAAGCGCGCUUGGAGUUCCUGCGUGAAACCUACCGCAUCAAGGAGCAAGAUUUUCUCUCAUUCGAUGCCAUGCGCCACGCCGCGCAAUGUCUAGGUCGCGUCAUCCGCGGUAAAGACGACUAUGGUAUCAUGGUGCUGGCGGACAAGCGGUUCAACAAGAAGAUCACGCAGUUGCCCAAGUGGAUCCAGCAAGGUCUCGACCAGAAGAACACAAAGCUGAGUGUCGACCAGGCUGUAGGCACAGCGAAGCAGUUCCUCCGCGAUAUGAGUGUGCCGUGGUCGCGGAAAGAGGCUGAAGGGUAUUCGAGCUGGGGCAUCGAAGAGCUCGAAGCGCAUCAGAAGAAGAAAGGCGAGCUUGGCAUCAGCGGUACGGACUACACUGCUUUGCGUGCACUCGAGGGCCGUGCAGCAGUGGAGCAUAUGGAUGAAGGCGAUGAGUUUGCGGGGGGGCUGAAGGAGGAUGAGUUUGGAGGGCAGGAUAUGGACGACGUCAUGGCUGACUUAUAG